UUCGUUGAAAGUAUUCUGCAUUUGCAUGCUAGUCUUGUUAAAAAUGAGUGAUGCUUUUAAAGAGUUAUUGUAUUAUUUUUUUGUUUGUGACGCAAGUGAUUUCCCAAACGUUUCAAGUGAAAUUAAAACAGGGCAAAAUAAUCGGUAAAAGAUCGGAGACAGUUUUUGAUGGGCGUUCUUAUUAUGUUUUCUACGGGGUUCCUUACGCCAAGCCCCCUGUGGGGAAACUGAGGUUCAAGGAUCCUAAGCCUCCCAGAAAAUGGAAGCAUCCAUUUGAUGCAACUGUUGAAUAUCACGGAGCCUGUGCUCAAUCACAUAUUGUACAUAAACAUGGAUUGUACGGAUAUGAAGAUUGUCUUCAUUUGAAUAUUUAUACACCUAUGUUGCCAAGAGAUUCAAGUACACAGCCACUUAAAGCUGUAUUGGUGUAUGUUCAUGGAUAUGCAUUUACAUCUAGUAUAAGCCACAUAUACGGAGCCGACUUUUUGAUAGAGCAAGACAUCGUUUUUAUAACUGUCACCCACAGAAUAGGAGUGUUUGGAUUCUUAAAGGUUGAUGAGAGUGAACCGGAUGUUAAUAUGGGAUUAAAAGAUAUAGUAAUGGCGUUGAAAUGGAUAAGAAAAAAUAUUAAGCAUUUUGGGGGAGAUAAAAAUAAAAUUACAUUAAUGGGAAGCGACUCGGGAGCGACGUUCUUGUCGUUACUGCUAAUGACAAAACACAGAAAUAUGUUUUCAAAGAUGAUAUUGCAGAGUGGGUCAAUAUUUUCUCCUUCGAUAUUUCAAAGUGAUUACCAAACGGAAAGGGAGACAUUUAAAAGCAACAUUAGAAAAAUGGGCAUUCAAGACUUGAGAAACGCUUCCAGUAAAGACAUAAUCUCUGCUUCACAAAAAAUAUACAGCAGUAAAGAAAUUGUUAAUUUCCAAAAACCCAUUGUGCCUUUUACUCCCAUUAUUGAAAAACAAUCAAAUAACUCUUUGCUAACGAUAAGGCCAGAAGAAUUUUUUAAAAGUGUUAAGAGACGAAUAAACAAGCCAAUUUUAGUUGGGUUCAAUAGCCGUGAAAGUAUAUCGGAAAUGGAUGCGUGUUUAAUUUCACGUCUGAUACUUACAACCGAGUUGCCAGUAUAAUAAAAAGCCAUUACUUCAAUAAUAGUAUUAAUGAAAAGUCCAUUGAUGAUUUUCUACAAUAUACAACAGAUU